UUUAACUAAAGAAGCAUAAGACAUACAUGUAACAAUAUGAAGACCCGAUUUAAUUCUUAUGAUAUCGCCUGCACCAUAACUGAGCUGCGAAAGCUCAUUGGUAUGCGCGUGAAUCAAAUUUACGACAUCGACCACCGGACUUAUCUCAUACGUCUUCAAAGGAGCGAAGAAAAAUGUGUACUCUUAUUAGAAUCUGGCAACAGGAUUCACACUACGGCAUUCGAAUGGCCAAAAAAUGUAGCGCCGUCAGGAUUUUCGAUGAAGAUGAGGAAACAUCUUAAAAAUAAACGACUUGAGAGCCUUACUCAAAUCGGGGUAGACCGAAUAAUUGAUCUACAGUUCGGAAGUGGCGAAGCAGCUUACCAUGUAAUCUUAGAAUUGUAUGAUCGUGGGAACAUAGUUCUAACAGAUCACGAAAUGACCAUUUUAAAUAUUUUAAGGCCUCACACAGAAGGUGAUAAAAUUAGAUUUGCUGUUAAAGAGAAAUAUCCUAUGGAUCGCGCCCACCAAAAUACAAUGCCUCCAUUAGAAGAGAUACAACAGCAUUUACAAAAUGCUAAAUCAGGAGAAAGUCUAAAGAAAAUACUGAAUCCACUUUUAGAAUUUGGUUCUGCUGUGAUCGAUCACGUUCUGUUGACACAUGGUUUCACGCUUGGUUGCAAAAUUGAUAAAGAUUUUAACAUCGUAGAAGACAUGCCAAAGCUGAUCCUAGCAUUGGAAUGUGCGAAUGAGAUGUUGGACCAUGCCAAACAAAACGUAUCCAAAGGAUACAUCAUACAGAAAAAAGAAAAGAAACCAACUACAGAUGGCAAGGAAGAAUUUAUUCACACGAACAUUGAAUUUCAUCCAUAUUUGUUUGAGCAAUAUAAAAGCUAUCCGCACAAAGAAUUUGAUUCUUUCGAUGUCGCUGUGGAUGAAUACUUCUCUACGAUGGAAGGUCAAAAACUGGAUUUGAAAGCUCUGCAACAGGAACGCGAAGCUUUGAAAAAACUAGAGAAUGUAAAGAAGGAUCACGAUCAGAGGCUAAUAACACUAGAAAAAACUCAAGAAUUGGAUAAGCAAAAAGCUGAAUUGAUCUCUAGAAACCAAACUCUAGUAGAUAACGCGAUAUUAGCUAUACAAAGUGCUCUUGCAAAUCAAAUGGCUUGGCCUGAUAUAAAAGUCUUGUUAAAGGAAGCAGAAAGUAGAGGUGACCCUGUUGCAUGUGCGAUUAAGCAACUAAAAUUAGAAACAAAUCAUAUUUCUUUAUUGCUACACGAUCCCUAUGAAGAGAGCGACGAAGAAUCAGAGCUGAAGCCCAUGCUAAUUGACAUCGACUUGGCGCACACAGCUUUCGCAAAUGCUAGGAAGUAUUAUAAUCAAAAGAGAUCGGCAGCUAAAAAGCAACAAAAGACGAUAGAGUCCCAAGACAAAGCUUUAAAGUCGGCGGAAAAGAAAACGAAGCAAACGCUCAAAGAGGUGCAAAUCAUACAUAGUAUCAAUAAAUUAAGAAAAAUAUAUUGGUUUGAAAAAUUUUAUUGGUGUAUCAGUUCUGAAAACUACCUUGUAAUCGGUGGCAGAGAUCAACAGCAGAACGAACUGAUUGUGAAAAGGUAUCUCAAAUCUGGUGACAUAUACGUGCAUGCAGAUUUGACUGGUGCCAGUUCUGUAGUUAUUAAAAAUCCUGACGGAGGUCCUGUACCUCCGAAAACCUUAGCUGAAGCGGGUACAAUGGCCGUUGCUUAUAGCAUUGCAUGGGAUGCUAAAGUGGUAGCAGGAGCGUGGUGGGUACAUAAUGAUCAGGUAUCGAAAACUGCCCCUACUGGAGAAUACCUUACCACCGGAUCUUUCAUGAUUCGUGGGAAAAAGAAUUACCUACCACCUUGCCAAUUAGUAAUGGGAUUCGGCUUCCUGUUCCGCCUAGAAGAAAGUUCAAUUGAGAGGCACAAAGAUGAGAGGAAAGUCAAAAUUAUAGACGAUGAUAGUGAACAUACGGAAUCAGUCACUGAAGAAGACAGAGAAAUCGAAUUAAUAGGAGACUCUGAUGAAGAUGGACAGCCUGCAGAUAAAAACUGUUUGAGUUCCAUUCAAGAGGAGUCUAAAUCAGACCUGAUUAAGGAAGAAAAUGACGCUAAUCAGGAUACUAGCGACGAAGAAGACAACCCAUCUCAAUUUCCUAAUACACAAAUUAAAAUUAAUCUUACUGGUUCAAAAGUGAAGUUAGACAUCAAAAGUAAUCAUUCAAGUAAAAUAUCGCAGAAGGAUCCGGACGAUGUAAUAUACUUGGGCGAUGAUAAGCCUGUCAUUAUAAAUACUGUAGCUAGAGAAGAGAAUUCUAAAGUUAAGUCCAAGGCAGUUCCAAAAAAAGAAAGUAAAGAAGAAACAGAAACUAAGAAAAAUGACCAAGUAGUUUUGAAGCGAGGUCAGAAAGGAAGAUUGAAGAAGAUGAAAGAAAAGUAUAAAGAUCAGGAUGAAGAAGAUAGGAAAUUGUCCAUGCAAGUUCUUAAAUCAGCAGGUGCUGCGAAGGAAGAUAAAAAGAAAAAUAGAAAUAAAGACCCAUCUGGUCCAAAGCAGCAAACAAAGAAAAAGGGUACGAUGAGACCACCUCCGCAACAAAACUCUCAAAUAGUAGAUAAUAUUGAGGAUGAAGAUACAGGCCCAGGACCCGAAGUAGACAUGUUAGAUCAACUAACUGGAAAGCCUGUCCUGGAAGAUGAACUGUUAUUUGCUGUACCAGUAGUUGCGCCCUACAAUACUGUAUUGAAUUAUAAGUUUAAGGUGAAACUAACGCCAGGUACUGGUAGAAGAGGAAAGGCGGCUAAGACUGCUGUGGCAGUAUUUAUGAAGGACAAGGAAAUCACUUCAAGAGAAAAAGACUUAUUGAAAGCAGUGAAAGAGGAAACAAUAGCUAGAAAUAUUCCCGGGAAAGUUAAGAUAAGUGCUCCACAAAUACAAAAGGUGAAAAAGUAAAUUCGAGUACAUCUUUGGUAAAUAUGAUAAUAAAAGGAAUGUAUUUGUACAUGUAUGUAUAAAAUGAUUUGCUUGUCAGAAGCUAUAUGAUACAUGAAAAAAUGUUUUUUAAUUAAUAAUUUUUGUACAUAAAAACCUGUGUUCUUUUCAUCGUUCACAUAGUGGUAUACAAAAAUUAAUACUGUUUAACAGUAGGCACUUAGCAAGGUAAAUGAAAUUUUCUACAAUUCUUUAACGCGCGAGUGUGUCGAAAUGUACCUUAUUAAUUAGUUCGAACUACGUGGAUAACAAAAUAUACUUGCAAAUAAUAACCCUUUCGCAUAAUCGAUGUAUCAAUAGAUUUACAAAUCUCAUUAUAAAUACAGCAAUGUACAAUCUCA